GUAUUUAUGACACCACGUCAGAAACGUCAGUUGUCACCGCUUUUUGGGUUUGACGGAUCGACGAUCGACGUGUACAAAAAUGGAUUAAUACUCUAAUUUCUUUCAAUCUUCAAUUAAUAAUUUUUUACUGGAAAAUAAAUAGGAUAAUAGAAUUUACGUAAAUAUGGAAGAAGAAUUAUUAACUUCGAAUUCGAAGAAAAAUGUGUUUUCUCAACUAUGUACCAGGAUAUCACAGAUUCACCAGAGCUUAUUGGAUUCAUGGACUCCUCACACAAGGGCUAGAUGGGGUGGCAGCAUAGUUCUCCUCUUACUAUUUGGUUUGCGCAUAGUUACCAAGCAGGGCUGGUAUAUAGUCACGUAUGCAUUAGGUAUAUAUCAUUUAAAUCUGUUUAUAGCAUUUCUCACACCAAAAAUCGAUCCUGCAAUGGACUUUGAUGGCGAUGAAGGCGGUCCCGAAUUACCCACUAGAGCCAAUGAAGAGUUCAGGCCUUUCAUAAGAAGACUACCAGAAUUCAAGUUUUGGUAUUCAGUGACCAAGAGUACACUCAUUGGUGUAAUUUGUACAUUCUUCGAUUGCUUCAACAUACCUGUAUUCUGGCCAAUUUUAGUCAUGUAUUUUAUAACUUUGUUCUGUAUUACUAUGAAGAGGCAAAUAAGGCACAUGAUAAAAUACAGGUACUUGCCUUUCACGCACGGCAAACCGAAAUACCAGGGUCAUGAGGAGACGACGGGGAAGGUUAUAAUAUCCCCAAAGUGACAGAGGAUGUAAUUUAUUAACUUUAUUAUAAAAACAAUUUUGCAAUUUGUAUACAAGUAAAAUAAAGUAUUUAGGUCAAGAGAUUCAUUCGUUACUAUAGGCAAACGUAGUAACCGAUCUUUAUGUACAUAAUCAAAAGUUGCGAAUUUUCCUCUAAAACAUUUCGAUAACUAUCUGUAUGUUGGUUGUAAAGUGGGUUUAUGCAAGGAAAUACAAUUUUGUUUUUUAA